AUGGCAUACAACACCUCUUACCUCUCGUCCCCUGAUACUCCCUCCACUGUCUUCCCCGAGCGACUUAUUCGGCCACUCCCCAAGCGGUCCAUCAAGUCCCGAUUGUCUCAAGAAGCCGCUGAGGCCAUCACAUAUCCUCCUACGCUUCCAUCGACCAGCCUACCGACAUACUCCCACUAUGGAGAAAAUGGUGACUAUCCCAACGACAGCAAAGUUUUAGUGCACCAACAUAGUGAUGGAUAUGAUCAAGAUCACGACCACGACCACGACGAUGAUCAUGACUGUCCUCACCACCACCAUCACUGCCAUCACGAUGAAUACGAAGAUGAUCUAGAUUCUCAAGAUGAACGCAUGGUUCCCGUCCGCCACUACUUUGUGUCAUCCCCCCGAUCUCCCCGUUCGGGUCGCCACCGAUACUCUUCCAAGGGCACCAUGUCUGGGCCGGACGGAUAUGAGGCGUUUGAAAACACUAAUAAUAAGAAAAAGCGAAAAAUUCCCACCUCUGGCAGUUUGAGUCUGCAUCAUUCAUCUGUCACGGAUCAGUUGGCGCAUAUGGGUAUCAGUGGCACGAGAGACGGCUCAGCGGACGAUUCUUAUUCCACAAUUGCUCACGCUGGAAGCCCCACCGGCCUUGGAGUGCAAGGAGCAGGGAGAGGGCGCAGCACUAGAAAGCUACCGGGACGGAAUCCGCUUGGUGUUUCGGUUAAUGGCUCCAACGCUCGAAGCAGUACAUCCAAAUAUGACCAGAAUAUGUCUGCUAACGCCAAAGCCGAAGAAUCCAAAGAUCAAGGUAUUAUUUCUGCCGCGAUUGCCAAUGCUACAGCGCUGCUGCGGAAACCUCUCGGUAAAGGUCAAGAGAACGUGGGUGUCUUGGAUCAACAAGUCAAACAAGCCCAUACCAGUUCACAGUUUACCUUUACAUGUGAGAGCGAGGCCAAAGGAGUAACGUUCCCCGAACAGAGUUUAUACUCGCCAGGGUAUGCACAACGCAACAAUUUGGGUCCUUCAGGUCCGGGGGCAACACACCAGAAAGGACCAACUCAAGCGACACACACCAAUACGGGCGUGGGGCUUCCAAACUCUCAAACUGCCGCCGCGGCUUCGGCCACGGCAAAUGCGAAUGCCCAAGGCAAGAAACCUCGCCGAAGGAGAGCAGACGUGUAUACCUUGGCUGCCCGACAGAGGCGGCUUCAACAAGAAUACAACAAUUUGCAGCAUCCGCCGGCCCCUGAAGACAUCUGGAUCUGUGAAUUCUGCGAGUAUGAGAGUAUCUUUGGUCAACCUCCUCAUGCGUUGAUACGUCAAUAUGAGAUCAAGGACCGCAAAGAACGGCGUCGGUUGGCGGAGAAGAGGCGGUUAUUGGAGAAAGCCAAACUCAAGGGCAGGAAGGGAAAGAAACAGACAAAGGGGACGCCCAAGGCCUCGAACUACAACGGCCCACUGAUGCCUCCACAUGGAUACGAGAAUCAGCCACUGGACCAGCUUGGUGACGAUGACUUGGACUAUGGCUACGAUGACCCAGUGCCCAUGCCGGCACCACCUGCAGGCACUGCUCCGAGCAAGGCUGCUACCCGGCCGGCGAAUGCGACGACAGACAAGGCUGGGGGCACUAAUGGAGGCGGAGGGACACGAUGA